AGGUAUGUACUUAUAAAUAUACGUGCAUUUUCUUUCAGGCUUUUUUCAACUUUCUUGUAAUUUGCUGCUUUUCAAGCGUCAUAACCACCGAACCAGUUGUUCUCGUGCAUGGCGGUGCAGGUAAUAUUAAAGACGCCGACGUUCCGUCAGCCUUGUAUGGUGUCAAACUGGCAGCCCGUGCCGGCUAUGAGGCAGUAAAAUGCGGUGGCAGUGUCAUGGAUGCUGUACAGGAAGCGGUUCGUUCGAUGGAAAUUAAUCCCCAAUUUAAUUCUGGCUAUGGGUCGGUGCUCACCUGGGAAGGAAAAGUAGAAAUGGAUGCUGCAAUUAUGAGUGGUAUAGACUUGAACGCAGGAUGUGUAUCGGUAGUGAGAGAUAUUUAUCAUCCCGUCGAUUUGGCACGCCGUGUUAUGGAAAAAACGCGUCACAAGUUCCUCUCUGGUGAAGGUGCAAUGCUCUUCGCUGAGGAGGAGAAUUUUCAAAUUCUGCAGGAGGGGGCUUUGGUAACUAACAAAUCCCUGCAAGCACUAGAAGACUACAAAAACAGCUUCAUUGUAGCAGCACAAAAACUAUGCUCCACCGAUUUGAACCCUGAAUGCCUAAAGAAUUCCAUAUCGUCUCCUGUGCUGCAAACUUUGCUGAGUGAAUACGGCUCGCCGGGUACAGUAGGUGCCGUUGCAAUUGAUGAGUUUGGCAAUUUGGCGGCUGCUACAUCUACGGGUGGUUUAACAGGUAAAAUGUCGGGACGUGUGGGCGAUUCGCCACUAUUGGGUGCGGGCACAUAUGCUGAUAACGAAGUGGGUGCUAUCUCGGCAACAGGUCAUGGCGAGACUAUAAUGCGGUACAAUGUUGCUUCCCGAAUUUUAGCUUCGAUCAGGUAUGAGAAUAUGACGGCAAAGGAAGCGGUCUCACAGGUCUUGAACGAUAUGACACAGCGAUUCGGGCAGACCGCCGGCGUAAUAAGCAUCGAUAAAAAUGGCAAUUUAGGUAUUGACUUUACAUCCACUCGCAUGAGUUGGGCCUACCAACGUGGCGAUGAAUUACACUACGGUGUUGAUAAGGACGAGGACAAUGUAGAUAUAGUCGGGGAACCACGUCUAAGCACUCUAGACUGGUGUGUUUAGGUUAUGUGGGUAAUACAGAUGAGAAUGAGUCGGGGUUUUUUGAAGAAAAAUUUCAAGUAAUAAAUUUCAUGUCAAC